AUGUUCACUUGCCACCGUUGUAAGAUUGAAGCUAGAGAUGGUGUUCAGUGUUCCCUGUGUUUGAAACAAUACGACUUUCCGUGUGCUGGAAUAACCGAGAUUGGUUUUCGAAAACUUGGUGAUAGGAAAGCAACGUGGAAAUGUAACGCUUGUAAGAAUGCUAGCUCCGGUAGUCCAGCUCCUGGCCGUUCCACUUCCUGCGCUCCUAGUGAUCUCGAUGGUAUUCGUGGUGAAUUACGUGGACUGUCUGAACAAAUGUCAUCAAUGCCUAAGUUACUGGAUUCGGUAAAAAAUAUUCAAGCUGAUUUGGCUGAUCUUAAAACGAUUAAAUGUGAGUUGUCGGUUGUGAAAGAUUCGCUAGACUACGUUCACGCUUCAGUUGACAAACUUAUAGCUAGGAUAGCCGAGGUGGAUCAUGAAAUUCAAACCCUUCAGAAGACCAAGGAAGAUGUGUCCCGUCUAGAACAGCGUUUGCAAAAAUUGGAAGCUGUUUUUAAUGAUGGGGAACAGCGAUCACGGUUGAACAACAUUGAAAUCAAAGGAGUUCCUAUAACUAACACGGAAAAUCUCUUUACUAUUAUAUCAAAAAUAGCAACCAAAAUCGAUAUCAAUAUUAGUGAUAACAACAUUAAUUACAUUGCUAGGGUUCCUUCUCGUAAUAAUAAAAAUAACAAAAACAUAAUUGUGUCUAUGCACAAUCGAUAUCUCAGAGACAACUUUGUUGCAGCAGCGAGAAAAUGUAAAUCCCUAACGCCGUUGGAUAUAGGUCUUAAUGGUAGUAACAGAAUCUUUAUCAACGACCAUUUAACGCUUGAAAACAAAAUGUUAUUAAACAAAACAAAGUCUUUGGCCAAGGAGCGGGAUUUUUCGUACGUUUGGGUAAAGAACUGCAAAAUCCUAGUACGGAAAAGCACAACAUCACCUGUUCUUAUAAUAAAAACGGAGUCGGAUUUAAGAAAAAUAGUUUAA